CGGUGGGCGUCACCUGCGCCAGAACCGGAAGAGCGCUGUUAGCAUUCGGCUAAAAACACAGGCAGCUCCACAGGAAGAUUGAUCAAAAAUCAUCUCAAUCGGACUCUCUGAUCGAUUACAGGUGAAUGAUCGAGGAUCAGCGCGCGACUGCAGACUCGCGUCGAUUGGAAAACACGCGAUGGAUGACAAAAUGGUUGCUGGAAAAGUGAAGAAACCAGGCAAACGUGGCCGCAAACCUGCCAAGAUCGACCUGAAGGCCAAGCUGGAGAGAAGCCGGCAGAGCGCCAGAGAGUGUCGCGCCAGGAAAAAGCUGCGCUACCAGUAUCUGGAGGAGCUGGUGUCCAGUAAGGAGAGAGCCAUCUGUGCGCUGCGAGAGGAGCUGGACAUGUACAAGCAGUGGUGUCUGGCCAUGGACCAGGGGAAGAUCCCGUCCGAAAUCAAAGCCCUCCUGACCGGAGACGAGCAGAAAGCGCUCCAGAGCUCCAGCAACAAGAUCCCCAAGAACAGCAAGUACGGCUCCAGCGGGAACGGCCAGAACAAGUCGUCCUAGACGGAUCCGGAGCGAGUGCGUUUGGAUGCGUGAAUGUGUUGAUUCACAGUGUUUUAUUUGUCGUUUUGUAGUAAUGGGACGUUUAAAAUAAGCUUUUCUGUCUGCAUUCACAAUAAUAUGACCAUUCAGACAUUAGAGAGUUAUUCCUGUUGAUUUGCGUCUGUUUGUGGACGUGAUUCACGUUCAGGUUUUGUGUUGUGUAUGUGUGAGCGUUCUGUGUGAUUCGUAAACAUUUCCUCCUCCUUUAUGUAUUUAUUUUGAAACCGUUCUGGUACCAAAUCACUUGUGAUGAAGGAUUCAGCGUUCGUGAGUCCAAUCUACCACUGGAUAAAAAAAAUUAAGCUUAUUGUGCCUUUUUAUCUCACAGUUCUGAGUUUACAUGUCAAUUCAGACUUUUUUUUUUUUUUUUUUUCGUAAUUCUGAGAUAUUAACUCAAAAUUGCAAACUUAUAACUUUAGUUACUCAGUUUAUAACCAAGUUACUUGCAGCUCUGAGAAGAAACGUGAAACAUUUUAAGAUAUUGAUUAAAAAGUCAGAAUUAUUAAACAUUUUUUUAUUUUUGGUGGAAACAAAAAUAGAAUUGCAAGAUGUAAACUCAGAAUUGUGCGAAAAAAAUUCAGAAUUCUCUGUUUAUAUCUGGCAUUACCUAGUUUUUCUUCAAAUUGUGAGAUAAAAAGUCGCAAUUCCCUUUUUUAUUCAUUAUUCCAUGGUUGAAACAAGCUUCCAUGUGACAGAAUGUGACGAUUCGUCACUCUGAUGUGUGUUACAAUCAGUUUAAUCUUUUAAACCUAUAAACAGAGACAUCAUAAGAUGGACUUUUGCCAAAAUCUCUCGCUCGGCUCUUUGCACUUUACAAGAUUUGAAAGAUUUCAACGCAUAGCACUUCCCUUUUCUCUUGUACAAAUAGAGUUUGUCUGUGUCUGUUGUUGAUCGUGUAUUUAUUUCACUAACUGAAACCUAAAAGCACUUUUCUUCAAAGCUCUAAUUUUUGUACUUUAUUUCAGAGUUUCAUUUUUCUGCUUUAUUUGGCAGGUUUGUCAAAAACAAACAAAAAUUACUAAUAUUUCAGCACACGAUCUGAAUAAAUGUAAUGAAUGUGAAACUAUUUCAUCAGUGUUGAUCGGCCCAAACACAGAGAGGUAGAAGUGUUUUGUGAAAAGUUCAAGUUUUAAUGAACGUGAAACACUUUCAUUGGCCUUCAGCACUUUUCCUUGUGACUCCUGACUCUGAGUCUCUAUUUUGGCUGGCAUAAUCUAUAAUAUUUAGAGCUCAAAUGUAUAUUUUUAUAUGGCGUGUAUAAAAUGUAGAUUGAAAUUUGUUGCAGGAUGAUACUUAUUAAUGAUAAACGUCUUAUUAAACAAUGUAGCUUUGCUUUGUGAACAUGAAUAUAAAAACAUUGAAUCUGAA